AUGGUGAAAACACUUCCAAAUUGUGCUCUCCUGUUUCUGCUCCUCGUCAUAGGUCGGUUUUAAUCGCAACUUUUUGAUACAACCAUUUUUUCGUCAAAAGGACUGACUCAAUGUGAACAGAGGGACGAGGAAGAAGUGGAGAAAAAGAGCCGGACGGCGGACAUCGUCUCGAACAUUGCCUACUUCCACAUGCUCGGCUGCUAUGCGAGUGCCGGACACAAGAAUCCGCUGAACAGUUUGUUGCGAUUGGUAAAAGACCGUUUCCAACUGGCCGGCUCCCACUUGGGCAUGCUUUCAGAGCCUCGACGAGUCGCUCUACCCGUACGCCAAGUACCGUGCGGCCGCGUGUCUCUCCGACCGCCGUCUCUCGGUCCGCCACAAUAUCACCGAGGUGUUUCUGGUCAGUGACAUCGAGAAGAGCCAGCUGAACGCAAAAGCUCGCGAGCGAAUGCGCACCGACUCGGACGCCUUUCUCGAGGUCAAUGAGCAGGUGAAUGAGCAGUCGCUGUACGACUCGAGAAACAAGGCGAGACUCAUUGCAGGCGAGACUCAUGCACGCCGCCUUUUACACCGAUCAGUUCGGAUUGGUGUUCGACAACGAGACGAUGACGGAGAAGGCGGUUGUGGGACAGGCUCUCGACGGCACGUUCCGCUUCGGAUGCGAUAUGAGUGUGUGCAAGGAGGACGGCAAGCGCAAGGCCAUCACUGUCUGCCACUUUGUCAGGGGGUAUGUCAUCGCGAAUCGAACGGACCACCACAUCAUGAUCACUCAGAGUCCCAACUCCUCGCAAAACCAUCACUAAAGCUGAAGCCGAGCGGCGUACCAAAGCGGAAAAGACCGAUUCCUCUUCUUUCUCUCUCUUCUCUCGAUCCCUUUCUGUGAUCCUUUUCUUAUCGGUUUCAAUGAAUUGA